UCUUGAAAACAAGGAACAAGAACCAAAAAGAAAGAAGGCACACCGAGAGGUCCGCCUCCUCUCAUCUCCGAUCUCGCUCCCUCUCGCCUCGUUUUUUUUUUAUAUAAUGGAUAUUCCGGUCCAAGCGGCGGCACCGGAAUCGAGACCAGCGACCACCCUCCUCUCUUCUUUUCUUUUCUUUGGAUGUCUCUUCUCCCAGUUGAAACCACGGUAGGAGGGGAAAAGCAAAAGAAGGCUAGUAGUUUCCGUAGAAAUAGGAGAAAGAAAGAGGCCAAGAAGAGCAGAAAAGGCGAGAGAGAAAGGGAGAGGGAGAUGGGCCUACCGAACGACGACGUUGUAGUCAUCCGGCAGCCGGAGAGGCCCGGAGAGCCGAGCGUUAUCACCAUCAGUUGCCCGGACAAGACCGGCCUCGGUUGCGACCUCUGCCGCGUGAUCCUACUCUUCGGCUUGAGCAUUGUGAGGGGAGACGUGAGCACGGAUGGGAAGUGGUGCUACAUACUGUUCUGGGUGGUGGAGAGGGGAGGGGAGGCGACGAGGUGGGGGCUGCUGAAGAAGAGGCUACUGGGGGCUUGCCCCGUGCCAUCUUUGCUGUUGGGGAUUGACGGCUACUUCUCUAGGCAGCUGGAUGCAGAGCAGCAGCCUCAAGUUUUUCUGCUCAAGUUCUCGUGCUACGAUCACUUGGGCCUCUUGCAUGAUGUGACGCAGGUGCUAUGUGAGCUUGAGCUCACAAUCAGGAGGGUGAACGUAUCCACCACUCCAGAUGGGAGAGUUAUGGACCUCUUCUUCAUAACUGACACGAGAGAACUUCUUCACACAAACAGCAGAAAGGAUGAGACAUGUGCCCAAUUGAAAGCUGUUCUAGGGGACUCUAUGACUAGUUGCGACAUUGAACCAGCUAGCGCAGAGAUCGCUGCAUGUUUGCAGGCUUCAUCUUCUCUACCCCAUUCAAUCACAGAGGAGAUGUUCAGUGUGGAGCUUCCAGAUGAACCAUCCACAGGAUCUUUUCCGGCAUUUAAUAGUCUUUCAGUCACAAUGGAUAACUCUCUCAGCCCUGCUCAUACACUUAUUCAACUUUAUUGUCAUGAUCACAAGGGCCUCCUCUAUGACAUCAUGAGAACCCUGAAGGACUACAACAUUCAGAUUUCUUAUGGGCGAUUCUAUGCCUCCCAUAAUGGAAACUGCGAAAUAGAUUUGUUUGUGAUGCAAAUAGAUGGGAAGAAAAUUGUUGACCCAAACAAGCAGAAGGCACUGUGUGAUCGCUUGAGAAUGGAGUUGUUUCGUCCACUCCGUGUGAUGGUGGUGAGCCGUGGACCUGACACAGAACUUUUAGUUGCAAAUCCAGUUGAAUUAUCUGGCAAGGGUCGCCCUUUAGUUUUCUAUGAUAUCACCUUUGCCCUCAAAAUGCUCGGCACUCGCAUCUUUUUGGCUGAGAUUGGGAGGCAUGUUAUCGGCGAUAGGGAAUGGGAGGUUUACAGAAUAUACCUUGGUGAUGAUCAGGAGCUUGCAGCAUCAAGGAACAAGAUUGUGGAGGGAGUGACGAAGAUGUUAAUGGGUUGGGACUGAUUUGCGUUGAAACUUGUGCUCUCUUUCUUGUUCUGGAAUUCUUGAAGUCUUCAGCAUCAAAGAACUAUUUUCAGCAUAUUCGUUGUACAGUAUACUCCAUGCUGUAUAUUUUUCUACUGGCUGUAUACUGAGAUCAAAGAAUGAGCUAACCUGUUUUACUUGCUUUCCCUCAUACAGAAGGGUUAUGCAAAAAUAGCAAGUCUUAGCUGGCAUAUCAUAUAAAAGGAGAAGAUAGCGAGAGGUAGAAAGAAUACAACUCAUGUAACAUUUGUAUAUGUGGUAGAAAGAAGAGAUGAUUGUACAUCAAAAGUAGAUAAUUAGCAAAAGAAGAAGAAGGUAGAUACUUGUUUGAGAAUCAUAUUAACUGGCUUGAGUUCGUUUCUGACAUGUUGUCUGGAUGUUGAAGGUGUAAAGCUUCUUUGUGGAUUCAGAGAAAAGAAAAGAGUCCUGGGUCCAUCUAGAUACCCUCUGAGUUCUAAGCUAUAUGUAUUGUUAGGUUGGGCGCUUGUCGUCUGAGUGUAUCUUAAUGGUGCUCUCAUUUAA